UCAGGCAUAAUUACAGUAAAAUGAACUCCGACGGAUUCGGAAACGACACAACAGAAGUUCCUUCCGAACUUACCACUGUGGGAAACGGAGCAACGGGUGGAGAAGAUGAAACAUGUAGACGACCAAGCUCCACAGAAACUCUAGCCUUGCUAGAAUGUGAGUAUAAGGCUCUAAUGCAAGAGGAGGAGGAGCUACAGAAACAAGCUCAGAUAAGUAAGCUGAAGAAAAAGAUUUCAAACAAAAGAAGAGCGGUAGCGGACUUACGAGUUUCACGCAUUAAUCAACUAAGAAACCCCAAAAUCAAGAAGUGUCUCAUUAUUUCGGACUCCAUUGCCAAACAUGUUAAAGACAUUUGAGAUACAGACAUUCAAUCGUUUCCUGGAAUUACCAUAUCACGUUUGAUUUCAAAAAUUGCUAAAGGUUCAAUUAAUCUCAAUUAUGAAAAUAUCAUUUUUCAUGUUGGCACCAAUGAUGUUAAUAACCAUUCAGCUGGUGAGAUUUCCUCACUUUUUUCAAAUCUUGUCACUUG